CAGGCGGGCUGCGGCGGAGCGGAAGUCAACUCGAGUCGGGGACGCACAGCGGGAGACGCGCGGCGCUGCAGAAGUUGGUUCGGUUUAUUAUUCGGGGCUUUUGAGCGUUUUGCGCAGAUCUGAGCGACAUGAGCGACGAAAGUCAACCCGAGGUGGAACUUUUCGUGAAGGCGGGCAGUGAUGGACAGAGCAUUGGGAACUGCCCCUUCUCACAGAGGCUCUUCAUGGUGCUGUGGCUGAAGGGAGUGACGUUUAACGUCACUACAGUCGAUAUGAAGAGGAAGCCUGAUAUCCUGAAGGAUUUGGCUCCUGGAGCUCAGCCCCCGUUCCUGCUGUACGGGAGGGAAGUGAAGACAGACACCAACAAGAUCGAGGAGUUUCUGGAGGAGCACCUCAGCCCUCCCAAGUACCCACGCCUGGCUGCGCGAAACCCAGAGUCCAACACCGCUGGCAUGGACGUGUUCUCCAAGUUCUCAGCCUACAUCAAGAACUCCAACCCAGGGAUGAAUGACAACCUGGAGAAAGGCCUGCUGAAGGCUCUGAAGAAGCUGGACGAUUAUCUAAGCUCUCCUCUACCUGAUGAGAUUGACGAGAACAGUGCCGAUGAUGUCACCACGUCGACCCGCCCCUUCCUGGACGGUCAGGAGCUCACACUGGCCGACUGCAACCUGCUGCCCAAGCUACACAUCGUCAAGGUGGUCUGUGAGAAGUAUCGGGGUUUCACCAUCCCUCGCACCCUCGCGUCGCUAUGGCGAUACCUGGACGCCGCCUACGCACGAGAGGAAUUCUCCUCCACCUGUCCGAGUGACAACGAAAUACACAUCGCCUAUGCGACCGUCGUAAAAGCGCUCAAAUAGGACAAAACACACACACACACACACACUCACACACACUCACACACACACACUCACACACACACACUCACACACGCACGGAUACAUGAAGAGUUUGCCAACAUGUGUUUUUGCCAAUGAGCUCAGGAGAUGAGAGAGUUUUACAUUCACAUACACACAUACAGCCAUGUAUAUAAUCCCAAACUCAGUCUUAUUGUAGGUUUGCAUUUCAGCAGCUGUUAAAGGAAAGAUUCAUUCCGUUUUCAGACGUCUGCAUGUGCUUCCAGCUGCCGAGCGUAUGAGCUGUUUUCCUGACGGAAGGCUAAACUGCAGCCUGACCUUCCACCUACACUGCCUGUUUCAAGGGUUUCACAUGACAGACUUUCGGCAGCUCAGUUCGAGUUCAGCUUCGGUGAAAUUUGCAUGGUCGUCUGAUUGCACAAGUGCUGUGGCUUCUGAAGGGGCGAUCCUUCGUACUGUAAAAAACAGAUCUGUCGUUUUAACUUAGCUAGCAAACCAAACGUCUCACUGGAGAUCCAUUCUGAGAAUUUGGAGAUGGUCCCUUUAACACAUGUAACUCUGCUGCCAGAGGAGUUACGGCCUGUGCAUGUCGAGGGUGAAUCAGCUCUUUCUGCGCGUUACUGUGUUGCCUAUCACUGUGUAAGAGAUGCCAGAAGUUCUAAUAGUAAGUUAACAGGACAGUAAUCAGGGAGUUACUGUCUGUUAUCUUAUUGUUUGAAGUUCUAUAAAAUCAGUCCAAAUCAUUUUACGGUGCACCAGUUUUAAAAAAAGAAUGCCCAAACACGCAACGCAGCUUGGGCGUGACGUUUUGUACAAGUCAAACGUGAACGAACACAGAAAAAAGCAGAAGCAAAGCUGAAAGUACUCCUCUUCAGCGUUUCCUCAUUCUAAAAACAGUAUCGUUAGCCACAGCUAACGUGCCAAGUCACUGCUAACGAGCUAAUCACACCAUAGUGGAGUGGUUCUAUAUUUUGGUCACAAACUGCAAAACAAAGAUCCUCAAUUUUACGCUUAAAAUGAAACACUUUUAAAGAUAUAUUGUUCGCUCUGCAGACAAUAUAUGGGAAUUAAGCUGCAAAAACAGCUUUUUGAUGUCACGAAAACCAGCACCUUUACAUAUAUCUGCUUUUUCAGCCUAGAUCAGAUUAGCUCUGCCCAUUUACACUGAAGUUAUAAGGGGUGUUUCAGCCUGGACUGCUUUUAGAAUGAGGCCAUCCAAUCAGAACAGAGCUCGUUUACAUAUAUCAGCCUUAAAGGCACAGUAGUUUAAUUUUAAGGCAUAAAGAAAAGUCAGAACAUGGUUAUAGAUAUAAAUUAUGUGGACUUAAAAUACAAGAAUAAUAGAUAUGGGCCCUUCGUCCUUAUUUGAGAUUCCGUUUGAACCCACCAGCCCCACUUUCUCUAACAAUUUGACCACUAGUUAUACUUGUUUAAUGCAGUCUGUUCAGCUGCUAGUGUUCCCAGUGCAACUCAAAGCUGAAAGCAUGCUGAAACUCUUGAAGGCAAGAAUAUCAGCCAGCUGCCUUUCCUUGAGAUGUGAUUCGUGUGAUUUUGAAAAUGCAGUGAAUCUUUCCUUUAACAAGCGAGUCGGCGAGGAAAUUUAGCUUGUAAGGUCAAAGCGUAAAGGCCCAGAUUUGCAGCAGGAAGAUGAAGCCUGGAUUGUUCAUUACUCUUUACUGUACUUCUUGGAAGCGCAUGUCUUGUGAGAUACACACCCUUCUUCUCUGUACUCAUACACACCUGUGCACAGGUAUGCGCCACAUCAUCUCGUGACGAUUAAAGUGGAAUCGAACAUUUCUGCAUAAUUCAGUGCAAACAGAGUCAUUCAGAGUGUGAGACGGUUCACUGUAGAGACUCGGUGGUGGUCAAAACUUUGGAAAACUAGCCUCAAUGUCUUGACCAUCAAUGUAUUUAGUGUAAUAACUUUCUGUGAGGGUGCUUUCAGAGGUGGAUGUCUGGUUCCUAUCACCACCACUGUGAACAGCUCUGCAGAUUAUCUAAAGGGGAGCAUUUCACACCAAACCUCUGUGGAUGACCCUACAUAAUAUGCAUUAAAUUGUGCAGAAAUGUGUCAAAAUAAGUGGAAUUCCCUUUUGAAUGUGCUUCGCAAAGUGGCCUGUUUUCCUGUUUAAAAGAGAAGUGCCGGUUCGCUAGUACCGAGUUAUUGGUAUUGUUUUCAUUUCUUUUUUUAGCGCGUGUUUGGACACGAACCAACACCACCUCUGCCGUUCCCACGCUCCGCUUCAGCCCAGCGCUCAGCCGCCCUCACUCUAUGUUUUCGAAAAACUCUCAGACACCAACACACAUGAAGCUCACGCAGCCCGUCCAUCUAAAACCCAUGCUGUUUAAAGUUUAAACGCUCGGCCAUCUAUUUCUGAAGGCCUUAUGCCCACCGUCCAUACAAAUGGAGCGAAUAUACAUCACACACUUCUACAGGCCGUGCAGCUCUGCAGACCUUCCAGCCAUCCAAGCACAGCAAAUGCAGGCUGUUUAUGAAACGUUUGGCCGUUUAUUUGCGCUGAAGGAAGUGAAGCAGGGGGCUCUGAUAGUUUCACUUCCCCAUCACUGUACAGCAGAGGUUCUGAGCUCAGCGUGGCUCAGCGUGCUGACCUCAGAUCAGCCCUAAAGCAGGCGAGCGGUUUCUGACAGGAUGCAGUUGCCUCAGACCCUUCGUGCUCCUUUCCUCUUUCAGGUCUAUCAAGCAAAACAAAAGACUACAUGACUAGCAAUGUUGCGUAUGCUCGGCUAUGGAGCAACCGCCCACUGUGGGGAUGUUAUACUGGCUCAUGUUGCUGCAACCGUGAACAAAUGCAUCUGAUUCUGCCCAUAGAUUAGCCAGUUCUGGCUGUGUAUACACUGCCCAUAAAAAUUGGGGUACACUUUACCUUCUUGUAAUAUUUGCCGAGUUUUACUUAAGCAGCUUACUUAAGUGCCAAUGCUUUGGGUAUAUUUAUCUUCAUGUUCAUCAGAUUCUUGGAGCGAACAGCAGAUUGUAAACAAUGAAUUGCAUACUGAGGCUCUUUUGGCCCAAAGGUGGAUUAUGCUGCGUUUGACUGAACUCGUAACUCAGAAACCAAAGAAAACAGGAAUUCCUACUUGGAAAGUCAGGAGGAAAGUCAGGAACUCCGGGUUUAGUGCAUGGUGUCGUAUCAACACAGCUACUCAUACCAUCAAAAGUAAUAAAGCACCACUUUUUUUUAGUUUAGUCAACGUACAGACACAGUAGUUCUUUAAUCUCUGGCUCCAGGCCCCGUGGUGCUCAUUCCACCAGCAGAAUGGAAAACAACUGUUUUUAAUGAAAAUAAUGAAACAAACUGUUUUCCCCUUAACUCUGUUAUCAGAUUAACCCCUUAAAUAGCCAGGGCCAAAGUUUUAUUACACACUUCUAUAACCUAAGAAUAGCUCAGCCAGUUUACAUUGAAGGUCCUGUAGUUACAGAGUAAUAAUCAUUUGGAUUAACUUGGCUCUCUGUGUGUGACUCUGUGUUGAGCUGCUAGUGAAGAUAUUCAGUCAGUGUUAUUAACGGGAAAAAAUGGAUAGUUUAAGUGAGGGACCUUCACAACAGCUACUAUGGCUACUUUGAAAAGGGGUUAAAUGUAUAAUGGCAGGGUUAUGUCAAUCUUAUGUAGCAGGGCUCGAGGUGUCCCCAAACUUUUGAUGGGCAGUGAGCGUAUGUUUCCCAAGCACAUGAACUCCCGGGUGCUCGCUGGUGUGGGUGGGUGCGUGUUCGCGUUCAGAGCGUCCAGCACGUGGUCAGAUCUCCUGCAGGCCCACCGCUCUCGCCUCCGUCUCCCAGAGGAGAGCAGAAGCAGAGCGAAUGGGUGGGUGUCGGUCGGCUCGCUGCUCAACAGCAGCUGGCAGCGCCACGCAUCAUCUUCACACCCACAGGAGGUGAGCCGGUCCGGCUCCGCGCUCCACUCAUCCUCCCUUCAGAGGGUCAGCCAGAAACAGAACCACCCGAGCAGCAACAGCAGCUCUGGGACUUUAACCCUUAGGAGGCUGGAGUUACUGUCCUGUUCCUGUACGUUUACUUUAUAGUGUGUAAUAUUCACUUAUAUUGCUUGCUUUGGCAUGAACUCCUCAGCUCAGAGAGCGUAAACAUUGUCCAUUUGCAAUACAUUUCAUUUACAUUACAUUAUAUUUACAUUAUAUUAGUUAUAUUUGAUGACGCAAGUGCAUAAUUAAUUACAUAAUUCAUUUUUAAUAAAAUAAUGUUACCCCCCCCAUCGCCCUCUAAAGGUGUUAUCAACAAACAUUAAAUAAAUGUUACUCCCUGCCGCCCUCUAAAAGCAUCAUUAACAAACGUCAAAUAAACGUCAUUCACCGUCGCCAUCUAAAUGUGUUAUUAAUCAACAUUAAGUAAAUGUUACUCACCGUCGCCAUCUAAAUGUGUUAUUAAUAAACAUUAAGUAAAUGUUACUCACCGUCGCCAUCUAAACGUGUCAUUAACAAACAUUAAGUAAAUGUUACUGUCGCCAUCUAAACGUGUUAUUAACAAACAUUAAGUAAAUGUUACUGUCGCCAUCUAAACGUGUUAUUAACAAACAUUAAAUAAAUGUUACUCACCGUCGCCAUCUAAACGUGUUAUUAACAAACAUUAAGUAAAUGUUACUCACUGUCGCCAUCUAAACGUGUUAUUAACAAACAUUAAAUGUUACUCACCGUCGCCAUCUAAAUGUGUUAUUAACAAACAUUAAGUAAAUGUUACUCACUGUCGCCAUCUAAACGUGUUAUUAACGAACAUUAAAUAAAUGUUACUCACCGUCAUCAUCUAAACGUUAUUAACAAACAUUAAAUAAACGUCACUCACCGUCACCAUCUAAACGUGUUAUUAACAAACAUUAAAUAAAUGUUACUCACCGUCACCAUCUAAAUGUGUUAUUAACAAACAUUAAGUAAACGUCAUUCACCGUCGCCAUCUAAAUGUGUUAUUAACAAACGUUAAGUAAAUGUUACUCACCGUCGCCCUCUGAAGGUGUUGUAUCACUAGUCAGGUUAGAACUGCAUGGCUCAACAAAUAUAUUUUCUAUUAUUAAUAUCAGAAUACGACAUGUUUUUGUUAUUGCCGGUAGUAACUGUGGCUUCUAAGGGUUAAAGACUCAGGUAGGAGUUUAGAGUCAGAGCUCAGCUGCCCCAGAUGUACAUCAGCUCUAGUUUGCCAACAGAAAGCAUGUGUUCAGUACUAAACAGUCUGGUGGAACCGCUGUUGUUGGCAUGUUUUGUUGUCGGUGCGGUGAGAAACCUGUCUUUCCAGUUGCGCUAAUUGCUGAUUGUGGCUUUGUUUCUGAAUGGCGGUUUGAGGAGAGGGGAGGCUGUGUGCUGAGUGAGGAAGCUCGGUGUGGGUUUAAGCUCUGCGCUGGUGGAAAUCGCUCUCUUACUCAGAGCUGAGACGGUUCCUCAGUGUGGUCCUAGUGACGAAUCUGAAGCGUGAGAUGAUGGUGAACGUAGCUGCUUCUGACCCUGUACUUGGUCCUUUUUCUCCUAAACGUGGCCUGUUGUUUCAAAUUGCAUUGUGCCUCCUCAGAAUUGGAUGCUAAUGAUUUUCUUUUGCACUACGGACAGGGCCGAGUGUCUCAAAUUAGGACUGAGCUCGGAUUUUAAAUCGUCAGUUUGAAUUGUCUCAGGUUUCAAAGAGAGUGAAAUGGCUGGUCUAGGAUCAGAUUUCAGGUCCAAAGGACAGUGGUGGUCAACGGCAGCAAUCUGAAAGUCAUUUACUGUAAAAUCAAAUGUACACCAAUUUCCCCAUCCACCCCAGAACAGAGUCGAUCAGCCGAGACAUGUUUGGUAUCUAAGGUUUGCUACGAUGCUGCUAAGUUUGCACUGGGGAGGAGGGUAACGUAAUCUUAUCACAGCAUGUCUGUAAUGUUUAUGACUGAUUCACACAGGAUAUUCACUCAGAGGUGGGAGGGGCUACUUGAUUUAUGAACUAAAAAGUUCAACACACAAUACGUUCAUCUUCUAAGAAGAAGAAAACUUGUCCAAACAUUCAAUCUAAUAUUUCACCUUAACCUGGGCUGGGCUGCCUUCAGUGACUGCAGUGUGUCAUUAGCUUAGAAUUUACAGCCAACAGUCAACGUCACCGCAUAAAAUGAAAAACAGUUUAUAUUGGCUUGAUUUGAGUUCAGAUUAUAGCACAGGAUUAAUACAAUCUGGUAUUAUUUCUAUGGUUCAUAUUAUAGCACGGGGUUAAUAUAACCUGGGGUUAUUUAUGUGGUUCAUUUUACAGUGUGGGACUAAUAUAACCUGGGGUUAUUUCUACAGGUCAUAUUAUGGCAUGGGAUUAACAUAACCUGGGAUUAUUUAUACAGGUUGUGUUAUAUCAUGGUCUUAAUAUAACCUGGGAUUAUUUUUACAGGUCAUGUUAUAGCAUGGGAUUAUUAUAAUCUGGGAUUAUUUUUACAGGCCAUAUUAUAGCAUGGGAUUAAUAUAAUUUGGGAUUAUUUCUACAGGUUAGAUUAUAGCAUGGGAUUAAUAUAAUUUGGGAUUAUUUCUACAGGUCAUAUUAUAGCAUGGGAUAAAAAUGACCUGGGGUUAUUUAUACGGUUCUUUUUUACAGUAUGGGAUUAAUAUAUAUUGGGAUUAUUUCUACAGGUCAUAUUAUAGCAUGGGAUUAAUAUAACCAGGGAUUAUUUCUACAGGUCAUAUUAUAGCAUGGGAUUAAAAUAACCGGGGUUAUUCAUAUGGUUCAAUUUACAGUGGGGGAUUAAUUUAACCUGGGUUUAUUUCUAAGGGUCAUUUUACACCAUGAGAUUAAUAUAACCUGGGAUUAUUUAUGCAGUUUAUUUUACAGUGUGGGAUUAAUAUAAUCUGGGGUUCUUUCUAUGUUCAUUCGUUUAAUAGCAGGGGAUUAACAACACCUGUGAUAUAUAGCAGAUAAAAGCUGCUGGAAUCGUGAUGGAUUAGAACAGAGCCAGUGAGAAAGUCACUGAGAAACACUGGUAAACAGUGACGUUACCCGACCUACACAGGUAUUACUCCCACUGAAUAAUGUUCAUAGUCUUUUUAUAUUAGCCUCAUAGCUCCAAAGCAAAACUAAAGAAGAUAAGUUUACCAAACUUACCUUGGCUAAAAUGUUGUUGUUUGUAAAUUGAAAUGUAUUUUUUUUUGCUGUAAACCAUCCUUUAAAGCCUGGCUGUUAUCUCAGCAAAAGAACAGAUCUUAAAAAGCUACUUAUCAUCUUAAAAAUCCUUAAAAUAGAGGCUAAAAAUCUGCGUUAUACAUUAUUAUACAUUAUUAAAGCAGAUGCUGUUCCUUUCCACCACUGUCUGAGGACGAUACUGACUGGAGAGCUGAUACUAGAUCAACAUUUAAACUGCUUUAAAAGGAAAGUUCGACCAAACAACAUGCUAAUGUGGCUAAUGCUAUGUUAUGCCAAUUGUCUGAUUUGUAAACUGACCUUGAGCAGCUGUUGAGGUCGUACGUGUAACGGGAGCUCAGAGUUGUAGCUGAUAACACAGGAACGAGGAACAAAGUACCUGACGUGCUUCUCUGAGAUCCAACAAGGAUACAUUCUCUACAGAUGUCUGAUUAGCAGCUGUUCUGAUAAGAGUGAAAGCAGCUAAACUAGCUUUAGCCAUGUUAGCAUCACUUGGUUGAGCUUUUUUUUUUGGCUCUGGGCACAAAAAACUACUGCUCAUGUAUUAUAUUAGUUAAAAGACACGUCACACAUCACAUUCCCACACGUUAAUGUAUAACUGUAAGUCUAAAGGACGGUUUUGUUGAUGUGGGCCUGUGGCUGAGGCGUAGCCACCGCUAAUCUCACUGUAAAAAUGGGAACAAGACUUAAAAUUUCUAUUUUUACUUCAGUCCAAUCUACUUUUUGUGGUUGUACUGCAGCAGUGACCUCAUUCACUGUUAACUAAAGGGACCAAUGUGUUACUUUCGAGUUCAUUUAAAGACUGAAUGCGUUUUUUUAAUAUUUUGUAUGUUCAUGGAGCAAGUUUUAGUUUGUCUUGAGUGAUAUUACGAUGUCUAAAUGGGUUCAUAUUGAGCAUUUUAUCAAACGUAUCCUGAAUGAUGACUAUUUGUGAUUUAACUAAUAUAUAAUUCUAGAAAAAAAAAAAGAUUUUCUGAGAAAUUACAAUGUCAGACUUUCAUUUCACUCUUAUUUCUUUUGUUUAUGUCGAAUUUUGCUGUUAAUUCCACCGUAUGUGGUGAAUGUUGUAUUUCUAUGCUGUUUCGUUCUGUAUGACUCACAUGUGAAGAUUUACAGUAAGAAGCGCAAUUGCGAGCAGCAUGAAAGGAAAAACACCCCCUCCCUCUUGUUUCCGUGCCUCUUAACUGGUGAUCUCUUUGUCUGAGGUCACGCUCCCUUUCUUCUCUGUCCGUCCACUGCUUCUGCGCCCUUUCUUCCUUCCUCUUUUUCAUCCUUUCAUUCUCUAACACCUCAAUAUUUCAACCAAACUGCACCUUCCUUUGUGAGAAAAGCCUGCGGUUGCACUUCGAAUAUACAGGGUGUUCAUAUCAGUGCAGAUUUAUUGGCCAGAUUAAGUGUCGUUGAUGAGAUGAACAGUUGGGUGACAAUCAAAUAGAAAUGUUUGUCGUGUUUUGUGUCCUUUUUUAAGUGCAAAUGGAAAAACUGUACACAACAAAUAGGCCUUAAUAAAGAGCAGAAUGGAAAAUUA